UGACAAUAACCUAACGGUGAGACUGAAUGAAGCUGAGAAUAAUAUUGUGAUUUGUGAGAAGCAGAAUAAGAACUAAACUCAACGACUUGACGAAGUAAUAAAUAAUUUGAUGAUAAACGAAAAGCAGGAUAAAAACUUCACUCAACGACUUAAUGAAAUAGUGAAUGUUUUAAUGAAAUAUGAUAAGCAGGGAAAAAACGUCACUCAACGACUUAAUGAAAUUCAUAAUAUUUUGACUGCAAAUGAGGAGUAUGACAAAAAUUUAACUCUACAGCUCACCGAUUCAAUGAACAACUUACAAGAUAUAAAAGUUCAAAUGCGAUACACAAGCUUGUCACUAAUGGACGUGCAUUCUAAGACGGACUCACUCAAUACUACAUUAACUAGAAAUUUUGACGAUCAAAUAAGGGACGUUUAUGGACGAAUAACCAACAUUACCAAAAAAGUAGCCUUUACGGUAGGUGUGACGUCAUACAGCAGCUCCUGGAACAGCGGUACAUUGGUGUUCGAUAGGAUCGUCUACAACAUAGGAGGAGGGUACGACUCAAGUACUGGUGUCUUCACAUCUCCUGUAGACGGACACUUUGUUUUCUUCGUGAACGUUCAAGCUUAUGGGGGAAACUCUGUAUACACAUAUUUAGUUCUUAACGGCUCGGCUAAAGUCACAUCAAUGGCAAAUGGUGGCUCUUACCAGGCAUACUUGGCAGGACCCAACCUGGUGGUAUUAAGGCUUCAAAAAGGAGAUCGAGUUUGGGUGAAAUAUUACGCUGGAACUGGGUAUUAUACUGAAGGUUUAGCUCCUGUCACCACGUUUUCUGGAUUCCGCCUAUGA